AUGGCCAGAGCAGCGGCAACAAUGCUCUGGUUCUGGAUAGUCAUCAUCUUAAUGGAGCUCUUGCCGUUACUACGAAAAGAGAAUGAACUACAUGUACAGAAAGAGGCUACUUUGCAAGAGAGAAUUCAACACUUGCAACAUGAAAAUGAAUCACACCGUCAGAAAGAGGCUACCUUAGAAGAGACAAUCAAGCAGUUAAGAAAUGAAUUUGAUUCCCACCUAAAGAAAGAGGUUUUCUUAGAAGAGACAAUCCAGAAUUUACAACAUAGAAAUGAUUCGCACCUAAGGAAAGAGGCUUCUUUAGAAGAGGCAAUCCAACAAUUACAACAUGAAAGUGGAUCACAGAUGCAGAAAGUGGCUAGUUUAGGGAUGAAUGUCGUAGGACUACAGAAUGAAAAAGAAUCCUGGUUUCAAGAAAAGGCCAGCUUUGAAGAGAAAAUCAGUCACUUGCUGGACGAAAAAGCUGCUCUGGAUCUGAAAUGGGCAAACUUGGAAGAAAAUGUUAGACAGCUGGAGAAAGAGAAUUGGAUUCUGACAGAGAAUUCCACCAAACAAUCGAUUUCUAGCCUUAAUCGUGAUAUUACAAGACUAAAAAUGCAGGUGAUUGAGUUGGAAGAGUCCAAGAGCAAGCUUUCACGAGAAAAUCAGCAGCUUACCGAAAAUAUAUCUAGCAUGCAGUUACAUAUACAAAACCUCAAGAGGAACAUUUUAUCCGUUCCCCCAUUUGAAGGCAAUAACAAGCAAGGUUCUGGCUACGAGGAUCUUAAGUCUCAGAUUGAAGCAGCAAGUGUGCUUGUCGAAAAACUGGUCAUGGAGAAUGCCGAGCUUGUUGAGAAGGUGAAUGAGUUGUAUGUUAAGCUUGAUCAACAAAGCAAGGCAGGAGGACAUUCUAAGGUCAUUGAGAUGCCUAAUUCUGUACCGCAAUUCCUCGAGAAUGGCUCUAUAUUGUAUCCAAAGUUGGAUUCUGCAGAAGCUUCUCCAAUUACGAAUGGCGAAAUCGAACAUGAGAAUGUGGAUGAGCAACCUACUGCUCCUCUUCCACGCAAUGUAGAAUCUGAGGACUCAGGAGAAAUCGUGCAAAUUCCUCUCGAUGAUACUGAUGUAAGGAAUUUGGAAUCCCGGGGCAGUGUUGGUGAAGAAAACGCUGUGCCACUCACCGAUGCUCCUCUGAUUGGUGCUCCAUUCCGGUUAGUAUCAUUUGUUGCUAGGUAUGUUAGUGGUGCUGACCUGGUUAACAACACCUGAAGCUCGGGCUCGUAGAGAAGAUGCAUUUUUUUCAUACGCUAUCUGUUAUUCAUUUUGUUUCGAAUCAUACACGGUACACUUUUGAACUAGAGAUAAAAGAUGGCCAAAUUGGCCGCAAUGUUGUUGUUCCGAUAACUGGUACAGAUGAAUGUUAUCUGUGGAGAGGG